GGCGCGACGUGUCGCUGCCAUGGCCGACGGGCGCCGCCGGCGGGGGCGGCGGUGACAGAUGUAUUUGAAGAGGCCGGCGGGCGGCCUCGCCUUCUGCCUCUUCUACCUGGCGUCCUGCUUCACCAACAAGUAUGUCCUGUCUGUCCUGCAAUUUACCUACCCUACCCUUUUUCAAGGGUGGCAAACAUUAGUGGGUGGACUUCUGCUUCACCUCUCCUGGAAGCUGGGCUGGGUGGAGAUAAACUUGUGUUCGAGGUCUGAAAUCCUGUCAUGGCUUCCUGCUUCAGUACUUUUUGUGGGCAUCAUUUAUGCUGGCUCUAGAUCACUGUCUAGAUUGCCAAUCCCAGUGUUCCUCACUGUGCACAACGCAGCAGAAGUUAUAACCUGUGGGUUCCAGAAGUUUGUGCAGAAAGAGCAGACCUCUCAUCUGAAAGUCUGUAGUGUGCUGUUCCUCCUGGCAGCAGCAGUGUGCCUUCCUUUGUGUGACACACAGUUUGAUCCAAGUGGUUAUUUAUGGGCUCUAAUUCACUUGGUCUGUGUUGGGGCUUACAAAGUAUUUCACAAGUUGUGGAAACCUGGCUCCUUAAGUGAUCUGGACCAACAGUACAUCAACUAUGUAUUCAGUGUGGUGCUGUUGGCCUCUGCAUCCCAUCCAGCAGGUGAUCUCUUCAGUGCCUUGGACUUUCCAUUCCUGUACUUCUACAGGUUUCAUAGCAGCUGCUGUGCCAGUGGACUGUUGGGAUUCUUUCUGAUGUUGCACACAGCAAAGCUAAAAAGCAGCACAACCUCAGGGCAAUAUGCAGCCUGGAGUUUCCUUGCAAAGUCCCUGUAUUAUUACCUGACUAUUCAGGCCCAGUCUUUUGUGUGGAGGAGAUCAGCCCACUCUCCUCUUAUGCACAGACCUCUUCCUAGGUUAUCACUGCUAGCUUAUCACCAUUCUUCUUUGCCAUGACUGCCAAUGUACUAACAAUUUCUUGCCUUGUAAUCAGUGGAGUUGGAGAAGCAUUGCUUGUUUACACUGAAAGGACAGGCACAUAAAGAGGAACCAGAUUUCGCCAGCUGGGAAAGAGCUGACUUGCAGCCUAGAGACACUAUGAUGAAAAAAAUUGCGGCAGCAGGAAUGAAGAAGUGCAACCAAACAUGAGGAAAGAGAUCUAUUGUUUUUUCAUUUAGAAAGAAAAGCUAUGCUAUUAAUAGUGCUGGUAAGGAAGCUGCAUAGUUGGCAAGAUGAUAAGGAGCCUUUGCCUCAAAGCACAAGACAAACUAUAUCAGAUUGAUGUGGUAAAGGAAAAAAAUGCACUGUCUCAUGCUGAUGGCUCUGUGUGAGAACCUCUCAGUAGCAGCUUCUUGCACAGGGAACUAAACUCAGGAAAAGCAACAUUCCACACUGGAUGCCCCCAGUUUUUUUUUUAUUGGAAGCUGACAGCAGGUCAUACCAAGCAAUGUCAGAGCCCAGAUCCUGCCAUAAAUUCAGGAUCCGGAAGGAUGGAUUUUGUCUCCAACUGUUCUGUAAGCAGCAAGCUGCCACACGCAGGUCUCUGGUCACGUCGUCUGAACUGGCACAGGGACUGAGGCCAAGGGGCUUCUGGAGAUAAUCCCCUUCUGGAACUGCAGCAGUUUGACAGCUUUGCAGAAAGGGAAAAUCAGCAAUAAAUCUCAAUAUCUGUA